AUGGAGCAGAGGAUCGAGAGGCUGCUGAAGUGGCUUAAAAAAUCAGAUGAAUUCUAUUUGUCUCCAAACGUGGGAGUAAUCGAGAGUGAAGGCUCCGGUAGAGGUGUCGUCUUAAAAAACGGUAAUUUGAGGAAGCACGAUGUCAUUGUUUCGGUACCUUCCCAUUAUCAAUUGAACUACUACACCAUAUUAUGGAACAUUUCGUUAUUUAAUUCCGAAUUGAAGAUCGAUGGCGUUACCGUUAACGAGAAUGAGAAGGAAAAGUACAGUAAAAUGCUACAAGAUGAUGAUCCGAGAUUUCAGAUAUACUCAUCACUUGAUCAAACAUUUCUCCUGAGCCUAACAUCCUUUCAGAUAUUUGAGAUCUACAUUAUGGUAGAAUGGAUUCUUUUGCCGUUGUGGUCUGAGGGCAGAAGUGAAUCGUUUUGGCAACGGUUCUUUGAUGUAUGGCCCUCUGAAGAGGAACUGAGUUCUAUUCCAGCUAUUUGGAGCUGCUCACCAUCGUCAAAGGACAAGAAUCUACUGCCGUUUCUGCCUUCAGCAUCGUGUGUACUCUUGGAGAAGAAAAUAAAACUGAUUGACCAUGACUGGGCACUGAUUCACCCCUGGUUAGCUAGUUGUGUUGAAAAAUUUUGCCAGCAAGGUCAGAAAACUCUCCCACAAGAUGAAUUGUAUCAAAAGUUCCUCCAGGUGUACUUCAUUAUCAACUCAAGAUGCUUGUAUUCGAAAGUGUUACUGAGAAAAGGCGAUGAGGAGAGCCAAUUCACCAUGGUGCCGUUCGUUGACUUCCUCAAUCAUACAGAGGAAAUAAAUGAGCACUGUUAUCCUAAAGUUGGCAGAACACCGAAAGCACAAACAAAUAUGGGCCCAUUUAGCUUGAAAUGUGGUGAACGUGGUUACAACAGGAUAGGAGAUGAAAUCUUACUGAAUUAUGGUCCACAUUCUAACGAUUUUCUUCUCAAUGAAUAUGGAUUUGUCCUUGAAAGAAAUCAAUGGAAUUAUAUUGAUAUUUCAGAAGAUAUACAAGCCAUGCUGGAAGGCAAUUCGGCCAUGAUCUCAUUUUUGAAGCACCACGACUACUGGGGAGACUACACAAUAAACCAUUCAGAGAUAAGUUAUAGAGUUAUCGUAGUAUUCAGCCUGUUUGUUACAAAAGAUUACAAGCGAAUGGACAAGUUUCUUUCAGGAUUCAUCUCAGAGGACUACUUUUGGCCUAAAAUUGAGGAUACUCUACGCCAAUUUCUGACAUCCUUAUGUGACAAGAUCCGAGAUCGAGUUGAGAAGCUGGAAGAUAUGCGCGCUGAAUCUUAUGAUUUUAGCGCGCAAAAUGUGGUGGCAUUAUACAUGGGCUACAUGGACAUUAUAGAGCAUCAUUUAGAUAGGUUAUAG